UUAGCAUAGUAUAAGCUUAACCCCAAGUGAGUUCCCACUUCCCAAGCACUGAACUACAAGGUUGAAUUCAAUCCCAUUUGUUUUCAAGGCUCAAUUCUCAUCAAUUCAGCAGCUAUAUAUAACAUCAUUCAUUGAUUUCGGCGUCCCUCCCCCUUCCUACUCAUUCGAGAUUGCUUGGGCUCCAGGCACAACUAUCUGAGCUGCUGUGGGGGUGUCAUGUUUCUCCGUCGAGUUGGGCGUACAUUGCCUGUCUCGAAGAGGUUGUUUAGCACUACUAUUAGUGCUAGUACAACUAGCAAUAUGGACAGUGCUAUCGAUGAGCUUAAUAAGGAGAUGGAAUUUGUGUUUGGUGAGGCUCCUCCAACAAGUCUUGCAGGUUCUGGCAGCAAUCAAUCUGUAGCUCAAGAUUCCCCGACAUUACCCUCUGAAAUGGUGGGUAUUGAAUCUAGCUUGACCCACAUUGGCAGCAAGGGUGAAGCACAGAUGGUGGAUGUCUCUCCUAAAGAGAUGAGCAAGAGAGUUGCUAUAGCUAGCUGCAAAGUCAUUCUUGGAAGGAAAGUUUUUGAUUUAGUUUCUGCCAACCAGAUGACAAAAGGUGACGUUCUUAGUGUCGCGAAAAUUGCUGGAAUAGUUGGAGCAAAGCAAACAAGCAACCUCAUCCCCCUAUGCCACAACAUCUGUUUGAGUCAUGUUCGUGUGGAUUUAACUUUGAAUCCUAGUGACUUCAGUGUCAAAAUAGAAGGAGAGGCUGCUUCGACUGGAAAGACGGGAGUUGAAAUGGAAGCAAUGACAGCAGUAUCUGUAGCAGGGCUAACGGUGUAUGAUAUGUGCAAGGCUGCUUCUAAAGAUAUACAAAUAACAGAUGUGAGACUUGAACAGAAGAUGGGGGGUAAAAGCGGGACAUGGUCCAGAGACAAAUGAUUGUGUAAGAACUAGUUAAAGGAUAACGGUAUUUGAAAUAAUAAAAGGUUGAACCUAGCAUUAUUAAUUCUAUUUUUUCUUUUGACAAUUUAGGUUUA